CCCCUUUCUUUCCUCUCCCCACGUCCUUUAGUAGUUACAAAGCUAGAAGUGCUAGCUACAAUAGAAUACUACUUCGGCGUUGUUUUCUGUUCUUUUAAAUUUGCUUUAUUUACGGGAUUUUGUUUCCCCAAAACUCUCUGAAUCUUGAAAAAGAAAAAAAAAAGAGACUAACAACAAAUCCACUCCUGCUGUGUUGAUAAUGAAUGGUGGUCCAAACAAGAUCCAACUCAUUCUCAUUUGCCUUCUUUUUUUACAUUUUAACUUUCUAACCACAACCAUUUGUUAUUUUAGAGAGUUCCCCUCUGUGUUGAUGGUGCAAUGAAAUACCAUUUUCCCUUCCAUUUUGAAGCCAUAUCCAGUCGUACACAAUGCCAUGUUUCUCUUGUUAAUGCGAUUUUGAGAUUCUGCUGCUCGCAGAAAAACUCAUGUUCUAGAUGGUAACAUUCAACCAUUGUUCCAAGAUCAGGGGCAGGGUUUUCCCCCCUCCUUUUUUCGUUGUUGUUGUCGUUGUUGCUGCUGCUGCUGAUGAUUUCCUGUAAAGGGGUGGUCUCGUGUUGCUCCAUCAAUGUCAUCUAAGCCUGCCAAAGGCCCUGACUCAUCCGAGAUGAGCAUACCACCAGAAGAAGCAGAAAGUGAAACCAAAAAGGUGGAGGGGUUUAGCAAGAGUAUCGAUGCCAAUAUAAUCUGUAACAAUCCUCUGUACCAAGAACCCAAGAAAAAGGAUCCAAUAGGAAAAUAUAGUGCAAACUCAGGUUAUGGUUCACCAAGGAAAACUGGAUUUACCAAGAUAACUGAAAAUGUAAAUUUUAAUCGUCACUUGGAUCCCAAAAAGAUGGAUCCAUUAAGCAGGCCUGUGGGAAAUGCUAGUUCUAAUCAACGUGCCCUUCCAAGCACUAGAACAUCUCCAAAAUCUCAACUUUCAACUACUUCAGCAGCAGCAGGAGCAACAACAACAGCUGCAUUGCCAGCAAACAUGAAGGCAAAUGAAGCAAAGACUUUUAGUUCCAUUACCAACCAUGCCAAUUUGAGUGGCAGAAGCUCUACUCGUGCCAACAGUUUAGAGAGCUCCGGUGGUGCCAACAAGCCCCACACAGGGGGUGAUGUCAGAUGGGACGCCAUUCAGUUGGCCACUGCCAGAGGUACAAUCGGCCUUAGCAACUUUAGGCUUCUCAAGCGCCUUGGAUAUGGUGACAUUGGUAGUGUCUAUCUUGUUGAACUUAGAGGGACUAAUGCCCAUUUUGCUAUGAAAGUAAUGGAUAAGGCUUCUCUUGCAAGUAGAAACAAGAUAUUAAGAGCGCAGACAGAGAGGGAGAUUCUUGGACUUCUUGACCACCCAUUCUUGCCCACUUUAUAUAAUUAUUUCGAAACUGACAAGUUUUACUGCAUCGUCAUGGAAUUCUGCAGUGGAGGCAAUCUUCAUUCUCUUCGGCAGAAGCAGCCUAACAAGCAUUUUACUGAGGAAGCAGCACGAUUUUAUGCAUCAGAGGUGUUGUUGGCACUUGAAUAUCUGCACAUGUUAGGCAUAGUAUACAGAGAUUUGAAGCCAGAAAAUGUUCUAGUAAGACAUGAGGGGCAUAUCAUGCUCUCAGACUUUGAUUUGUCGCUUCGUUGCUCGGUGAGUCCAACCCUUGUCAAGUCUUCAUCUUUGCAUGCAAGCAACAAUGGCAGCGGCGGUUUAGGCAUUUUGGAGGAUGAAUCUGUAGUGCAGGGUUGUAUCCAACCGUCAACAUUUUUCCCACGCAUAUUACCAGGUAAAAAGAGCCGAAAAUCCAAAUCAGACUAUGGACUCUUUGUUGGAGGGUCAAUGCCAGAAUUAAUGGCAGAGCCGACAAACGUUCGUUCGAUGUCAUUUGUUGGCACACACGAGUACUUAGCCCCAGAGAUCAUUCGCGGAGAAGGUCAUGGCAGUGCAGUGGACUGGUGGACUUUCGGCGUGUUCUUAUAUGAACUAUUGCAUGGAACAACACCCUUCAAAGGACAAGGAAAUAGAGCUACAUUAUUCAAUGUUGUUGGGCAGCCAUUGAAAUUCCCAGAAAAUCCACAGGUCAGUAUGGUGGCUCGUGAUCUGAUAAGAGGACUUCUAGUUAAAGAACCCCAUAAAAGAAUUGCAUACAAAAGGGGAGCCACAGAGAUAAAACAGCAUCCAUUUUUUGAAGGAAUGAACUGGGCUCUAGUCAGAAGUGCCCUGCCUCCACACGUACCUGAACCUGUAGACUUCUCACAAUAUGCUAGCAAAGAAGCCCCCCCAGCUGACAAGAAAACGCCAGAUAUUGGAGGUGAUAAAAAAGAUGGCAGUUCUCCUGAAAACAAGGAUGAAUCUUAUGUAGAGUUUGAAUACUUUUAGGAAUAAUUCCAUUAUAUUCUGGUUGAUCCAUAAAUUGCCAUCUUCGAGAGAAACUGAAACUGUACAAAGACAAUAUCUUGAGGGUGUGCCUAACGAGAACCAAGAUUACAUUUAUUCUUUUCUGAGUGAAGAGAAAUGAAUGUGGUGUUUUAUCCAAGUUUACCCCUUCUUUUUCUUUUUUCCCCUUUCCCUCUUCCUUGUAUCAUCUAGAGAGGGAUUCCAUUUUGUAUGAUUUUAUUUUAUUUUAAUCUUAUUAGAUGCUUUCCCAUGUCAA